GUGGAGAAGAAAACAUUUUAAUAUGUUUUUAUGACCUGACAGUUGCUGCUAUCAGUAUUUAAUUUUUCCAAUCCAAGUUAAGCAAUAUGUAAAGAAAGCUUAGCUCUAUAUUGUGUUCCCCAUAGGAGAUGCACAAAUCUCUAACCAGUUGGAGAAAAAACAAAAACUGUGAAAUGUCUCUGUGUUCCUUCCUUGCAGAUAUCUCAGUAAGCUUGCUAUCCUUAGUUGUCACAGCCUGUGGACUUGCUCUGUUUGGUGUGUCUCUGUUUGUGUCCUGGAAGCUUUGCUGGAUCCCUUGGCGAGAACGUGGCCUGCCUUCUGGGAACAAAGACAAGCAGGAUUCGCUGAACUGUACAGAUACAGAAACCAAUGACCAUGAGUACAGCGAGGAUUACUUGGGACAGCCUACUUCCUACCCAGAGUCCUCCAUGAAAAUUAGCCACACUUCCCCUGAUAUUCCAUUAGAUGCUCAAGCAGGGACCAAGGAGAACUGUGUACACAAUGUCCGAAUGCAUCGCCAAAUCACAGAACCAACGUCUUCUGCUCGGCACAAUUCAAUCCGAAGACAGCUCAAUCUUUCAAACCCAGACUUCAACAUCCAGCAGCUUCAAAAACAGGAGCAGCUGACUGGGAUUGGACGCAUUAAACCGGAGCUGUAUAAGCAAAGAUCAGUGGACACUGAUGAUGGACGGCGAAACAACAGCAAAACCUGUGGGAAGCUCAACUUUAUUUUGAAAUAUGAUUGUGACUUAGAGCAGCUGAUAGUAAAAAUUCACAAAGCUGUCAACCUGCCAGCAAAGGACUUUUCUGGGACUUCAGACCCUUAUGUGAAGAUCUAUUUGCUUCCAGAUAGGAAAACAAAACACCAGACUAAAGUGCACAGAAAGACCCUAAACCCUGUAUUUGAUGAAGUUUUUUUAUUUCCUGUUCCAUACAAUGACCUGACCACAAGGAAGCUCCACUUCUCUGUGUACGACUUUGACAGGUUCUCCAGGCAUGACUUGAUUGGCCAAGUGAUAGUGGAUAAUUUUUUAGAUUUGACAGACUUCCCCAGGGAAUGUAAUAUUUGGAAGGAUAUUGAAUAUGUCACCAACGACAAUGUGGAUCUUGGUGACCUGAUGUUUUCACUCUGCUACCUUCCAACAGCUGGUAGACUUACUAUUACCAUAAUAAAGGCAAGAAAUUUAAAAGCAAUGGACAUAACAGGAGCAUCAGAUCCUUAUGUGAAGGUUUCUUUAAUGUGUGAAGGAAGGCGACUAAAGAAGAGGAAAACUUCCACUAAGAGGAAUACACUUAAUCCUGUUUACAAUGAAGCCAUAGUCUUUGAUGUCCCUCCGGAAAACAUUGACCAAAUUAACUUGUCGAUAGCUGUUAUGGAUUAUGACCGUGUAGGUCACAAUGAGGUCAUCGGAGUGUGUCAAGUAGGCAACGAUGCAGAAAGCCUAGGGCGAGACCAUUGGAACGAAAUGCUCUCGUAUCCUCGGAAACCCAUUGCUCACUGGCAUCCGCUUGCAGAGGGCCCUAUUCAGCAGAAAUGUUAUGCAGGCCUUCUACGCAUGGAUGGCUGCCGAAGAGGCUUCCUCACCCUUUUAACCUAUUCAGCAGAAAUUUGGCAUUCCUGUUGAACUAUUAGGCAUUUCCUCAGGGGCAUUCUGCAGAGAGUCCAAAGGGGUAAAAAUAUCCUUUUAACCCCUCUGUCUUACCCUUGCUCUCUUCACUUGCUAAGGAAUACUAAUCCUGAUUCAGGAGAUGCGAAAAUUCAUCACAGACAGAGUCAUAUCUUGAUUUCUGAACAUUACAAUAGUUUACUUCUUACUUAGGCAAAUCUAAUGUAAUCCAUGAUAAGACUCUGGUGUUACCUAUGAAUUACUUUUAUUGUAAGAUGCAGCAGCUAAGUUCAGAAGGUUAACCUGGUCACACUAAUUUGUAAAGGUUCGCACAUAUAAAUGUGGUAACCUGUUUUAGCAUCUAGCAUAACAGCUCCCAGUGCAGAAUGCUAGGAAGGAUCAUCUUGCUGAUAUUAUUAACUCUGACCUAACCUGUAAUGCCAGUGAGUUUUGCAGAAAUAUGAUUAUUGGGCACAUUGUAUGUACUAGAAUGAAACUCUAGCUAUAUACAAUGAUUGGCAUUCUGCUUGGGUGCAGAUGUCAAAUAUAAGUUUCAGUAGCUAAUUGGCAACUCCUGGGCGCUCUAGAAAUGGCACAUCUCCAGGACUGAUCACAAUUAGUACUGCUUAAAAGACUACCUUAGAGCUACUGCAGCACAGUCUUCAUGAUAGGGAUCUCAAAGUGUUCACUGACUUUGUCUUGCCUUCAGAACUCCACAGGGCCUAUUUAGAACAUGGAUGGUGCCAAUAUGCCUGUGGCACCCUUACACAAGCUUUGCAAAGGUGUAGAAGAUCAUAGCUAUGUAUAGGCAUUACAUAUCUAAGUGGAGAAUUGUCGCUUUCCUGAUAUAAAUUACAAGUAUUCAUUCAAUAUCUACUGGGAGAAACAUGCACCUUCCAAAAGAAAGAUUUUCCAGGUGUCAACAUGGAAGAUUUCCCUUACAAGAGGAACUCUCCUGCAAGAGUGAAUGCUUGUAUGGUUCCUUCCCAGUCUGGUCCAAGAAGUGAGGGCAGGCACACCCUCCUUGCCUCUUCCCCAAACCAUGAACUGCAUGGUUUGGGGAACAGGCUGGAGACUUUGCCUUGCUGCUCCCCUCCCCUCCUGGACUGGUUGGGGAUGGGGGAGGAGCAGCA